GAGGAGACAUGAAAGCUGUGGUUGGACUGCUGGUGCUGCUGGUCAGAGUUUCUCAUGGUGUGGAAACUUACUGUGAAUUCAGACAGGAUGGAGCUCAGUGUUAUGGAGCUUUGGGAGGAAGUGUAGACAUACAGCUGAUGUACAGCAUCACUGAAAUAACUAGAUACAAAUAUGUAAAGAAUUCAUUAAUAAUAGUGGAUGUGUUAAAGAAAACAAUUAUUUCUAAUACCACAGCAAUCAGAUCUAUCAUUUUUCCCAGUAAUGGAACAUUUAGGAUCAAUAACUUGAGCAGGAAUGACAGUGGUAAUUAUACCCUUCAAACCUUUGAUUCAGAUGGACUAUCAAAAGGCGAGUGGACUUUACACUUGUUUAUUCAAGCUCCUGUGUCCUCUGUCCUGCUGGUCUCUGAGUGUCUGUCCCAGGGAGAGAUGAGGGUGUCCUGCUCCUCUGAGGGAGGGGACAGUCCUCAGUACAGCUGGACUCUAGAUGGACGCACACUGACAGAUGCUGAGCUCUUUUCUGAAAAUAAUGAGACUAACAUCAUCACUCUGAAACAGCACGUCUCAGGACGUCUGGUCUGCUCAGUCAGGAACAACGUCAGUAAUGUCUCCACAGAGCAGAUGAUGUCUACCUGUGGCUUCAUUUUCAUUAACUGCACCUUAAUCAAUGGGACAGAGAUAUUACGGUGGGUGCAUGAAGCCAAUAACACCUUGUGUAUUAAACCAACAACACAACCUACACAAGACCCUACCAUGAUCACGCAAACUGCUGUGACUGAAGGGACUGACAGAGUGUCAAUUGAAAACCCAACUGAUAUCCUCAGUCCACCUUUCAGCAGUGCUCAGCUGUGGUACAUUAAUGAAGAAGAUGAUGAGGAAGUAACCUACGCUGAUGUCAGGUUCAUGAAACACCGGGAGAAGGAAAUGGAGCAAAAGUCUGAGGAGGAGGCGGAGGUGGAGUAUGGCCAAGUCAAGUUUUCAAAGCGACCUCUGUACACUGAACCUGAAGGUGACUGUUUGUAUGCCAAUGUUAAAAAAUCAGAUGAUUUUAGUAAUCAGUGCUUUUAAACAUUCUGCACAACAGAGUGAGAAGGUGAUGUCAAGAUGCUUCAGGUGAUUUCCAUUCAGAAAAAUACCAACCAUCAAAUCUCAUAUAUAUUGAUUUAUGGAUCUUCUGUACUUUCA